UUGAUCGUCGAUACCGACAGCGAUAAUCGACACACUGCGUAAUCGUCAUCAGGGGGGCCGAUCCCUGGCGGCCACGACGAGCGUAACCGUCGCUGCUCGCCCGCUCGCCGCCGUCGCUUGACAGAACCAGACAGAACCGAGGAAGAUGGCCGAUAUGACGGAGUCGCCGCCUCUGUUCGACACCAACGAGACGAAAUUGGACGACCUGGAGGACAACGACGAGGAUAUCUUCGCGUCCGCGCUGCAGGAACAGAAUCAACUGGAGGAUGCGUCGCCUUACAACGGAGUGUCCAAGGUCCAGGCGGAAUUGCCAAAGCUGUCCCUGCGAGACAUGCCGGAGGAGAAUUCGUUCUCCUCGAUGUCCAGCCCGGCUCCGGGUCCCCUGAGUCCUCCGCUAGGACCGAUGAACACGGAUAUCGGGGAUCUUCACGAUGUUCCUAUCAACGACAACGCGGAUCGUCUGUCCACAAACAUUAUUCAUUCUCGAUCUUUAGAAGAGGUCCCGGCAGAUACGUCUGAAGUUUUCCUGAAGAUUACUGUUACCUCGCCUCAGAAGAUAGGUGACGGAAUGGGUGCCUAUGUCGCGUACAAAGUCGAGACGAGAACGAAUAUGCUUAUUUUUAAGAAAAGGAACUUUAGCGUGAUUCGGCGUUUCAGCGAUUUUCUAGGUCUUCACGAUAAAUUGACGGAGAAGUAUCUCAGGAAUGGCAGGAUAAUUCCACCGGCCCCAGAAAAAAGUGUAAUUGGAACUACGAAGAUUAAAAUGUCCGGGGACAAGAGUCAGGAACAAAAUUCGAGUUCCACUGAAUUUCUCGAGCGACGUAGAGCAGCCCUCGAGAGGUAUUUGAACAGAACAGCUGCACAUCCAGUUCUGAGUAUUGAUCCUGAUUUCAGAGAAUUUUUAGAAGCUGAUGUAGAAUUGCCCAAGGCCACUAAUACGUCUGCAUUGAGUGGUAAAGGAGUAAUGCGGCUUUUCAACAAAGUCGGGGAAACGGUUAAUAAAAUAACAUACAAAAUGGACGAGAGCGAUAUGGAGGGUAAGUGGUUUGAAGAGAAAACAUCGCAGAUAGAUUCCCUUGAUAUUCAGUUACGCGCUUUGCAUUCCGCGGUCGAUUCCUUAACGAAUCAAAGAAGGGAAUUGGCAAACUGCACUGGUGCUACGGCGAAGUCGAUUGCCGUUCUUGGUCACGGCGAGCCGGGAGCGUCUCUUGGCAGAGCUUUGGCACAACUGGCCGAAACUCUGGAGAAGGUGGAAGUGAUCAGGAAGACGCAAAGCAACAGCGAUCUCUAUCAAUUUGCAGAAAUGUUGAGGGAUUACGUCGCGCUUAUUGGUGCAAUUAAAGAUGUUUUUCACGAGAGAGUGAAAGUCUUUCAAAAUUGGCAACACGCCCAGUUGAUGUUGAAUAAGAAACGAGAACAGAAGGCGCGACUCGAGCAAUCAGGCCGAACGGACAAGACGAGUCAAGCAGCUACCGAGGUCAUAGAAUGGGAGGCGAAGGUGGAUAGAGGCCAGGAAGAAUUUGACAAUAUCUCGAAGAUGAUAAAGGAGGAGGUCGAACGCUUCGAAUUAGUUAGGGUGCAGGAUUUCAAGAAGCAGCUGAUUGAAUACCUGGAGUCGAUGCUGCAACAUCAGAAUCAACUCGUUAAGUACUGGGAGAGUUUCUUACCGGAGGCACGAGCGGUGGCGUAAAACAUUCCGUUGAAAGCGAAAGGAAGCGAUUAUUACGAUAAUAAGGCCGAUACCUACCGUAUAACACGAAAGAAGAAACUUCUGUGAUGUUCGUCGGGACAAGUUACUCGUUCAGUAUCAACGAUUGCGGCGUAUCUUAUCAAGAGAAUUCUUGGGCUUCGUCAAGAGAGAAGCUCUUCCUCUGUUCCUGCUUUGUUUCAGUUUGCAUAUGAAAUGAAAUAAAGCAGGAACAGAGGAAGAGCAAACGUGCGAUUCGGGGGUAUGCCAGUUCACUGGAAGUGUAAGAAGAGAAUUACAUCCUAAUUAGACGAACGUAACUAGAAGUCUCAAAUUUUUAUUACAUUUCAAUUAUUGUCAAUAUAUAAUAUAUUCAUUCUUUAUGAUUACUUUAUAUCCAUAUUAUAUAUACAUUA